UGGCGUUCGCCAACAUACUAGUGUGGAGGUGGCUCUAGAAUCUAGAGUCUAGAUGGGAGAAUAAGUGAAGAUAACAAUGAGAAGAUCUAUUUUCCUUAUUUCACUUAUGUAUCUUUGAUUCUAAUUACCUCGUGUCUCUUCAAUGUCCACUGAACACAAUCCUCUGAAAAAUAUCUUAUUUAUUGUUACAUACUCUAUUUUGUUUUAUAGAUGUUGAAAACUUCUGCCUCGUACGUUUCGGUACUUUACGCAAUGGAAUAAAAUCCGAAGGAAAGUAUUUCCUAGUUGCAGCAAUAGAUAUAGCACGAAUUUGCAACUCAACAAUAGUGUAAAUAAAAUAUUACCAAAGAGAAAUCCCCGAAGAGAGAAUUCAUUUUUGAAAACCUAAAGUGUAUGUUUCAGUUGCAUGCACUUUAACUCACUAUGCACUUAUGAAACUAGUAUUUCCAAGCUUCCAAAACUUUGAAACCUCCAACCUGUGAUUCGAGUAUCUAUUAUGCACUCGCGUGUCGUAUAUGUACCAUGUAUUAUUAAUAGAAAUUAUACAUGAUUGUCGGAAGUAGUAGUAACAUUGUCUUCGAGUGUUUCUAUUUCCUACAACCCGAUGAUCAUUGCAUAAUAUUAUUUAUAAUGUUCAUGUGAGCUUAGAUUUUCGAUACAGGAUAUUUUUUUAACAGUUCAGUAUCUUGUAAGGUAUUAACCAAGCAUUUCUUCUGGCGACAGUGGUGAAACAAUUAACGCGACGAUUUAGGUUUAACGCUAUUUUCUUAAACAAAACGAAAAUUUUUACAGCAAAUUAAUACGAAAUGACGUUUCCGAGUACGCUUAGCCCAUCAGUUAGAUAUGGUCUUCAUUUUGUUGGUGUUUGGCCUGGAACUCCGUUGCCAGGGCUGCGUAAAAUGUGUUGGGUAAUAGCCAUGGGUUUACUUCAAACUUACCAAUACAAAUACAUUAUCCAACAUUACUAUACCGACAGUCUUUUGGAAAUGAUAGAUAACUUAAGCAUCACUAUGCCAUUCAGUCUUGUGUGCAUUAAACUGAUUGUUGCUUGGACCAAUCAGGAGUGAGUUAUAUU